CCCCUCCCCCUCCCCCCCCCUCCUCCUCACCCCCGUUCCCCCUCCCCAGGAAGACACCCACCCACCCACGGCGCCGGCCAUGACCGCUACCCAUUCGGGGUUCCAGCCCCCCCCUGCGCCGCCGGGCUCGGCGGCCCCCAUGCCGCCGGCUGUCGACGAGGUCCGCCCCGGCGCCGAGACACCAGUAGGCCUCCGGAAGAACCUGUCCUACCGCUUUGGCAACUGGUUUGUCAACGAGGGGCCAAAGGCCUUCUUCCUCGUCAUCUGGACGGCCGUCAACCUGGCCCUCUUCCUGGACAGGUUCUUUUUCUUCCGGAACUCGGCCUCCUGGUCCAACAUGCGGGACAUCAUCGGUGAUGGGCUGCCCUGGGCACGCGGGUCGGCCCAGGUCCUGAACUUCAACUGCGGCAUCAUCCUGCUGACGGUGUGCCGCAACCUGAUCACCUAUGUCCGGCGGAUCCCCGGCAUCCGGCGUCUGGUGGACAAGCACAUCACCUUCCACCGGGCCGUGGCCUGGACCAUUGCCUUCGCCACGUAUGUCCACGUCGGGGCACACUACUUCAACUUCCUGCACAUCGAGCAGGCCACGCCGGAGGCCCGCAAGCGGGCCCUCCUCCCGGACGAGGGCACUGCCCUGCAGGUGGCCGUGUCGGCGGUGGCCGGCUGGACCGGGCACCUGCUGGUGCUGGUCAUGUUCGUCAUGUACACGGCCGCCGUGGAGGGCGUCCGGCGGAAGUACUUCGAGCUCUUCUGGUUCAGCCACCACCUGUUCGUGGUCUUCUUCGUCCUGCUGCUGGGACACGGCGCGCAGUGCCUGCUGCGUCCGCAGAAUGCUGGCGCGGGGUACAUUUGCAUCCCGGCCACCUGGAAGUGGGUUCUCCUGUCGCUGGUGGUCUACCUGCUGGAGCGCAUGAUCCGCGAGAUCCGUGCUCGGCGCACGACCACCAUCGCCAAGGUCAUCCAGCAUCCCUCGCGUGUGGUGGAGAUCCAAAUGAACAAGCCCAGCAUGACCUAUCGCUCCGGGCAGUACCUGUUCCUUAACUGCCCGGACAUCAGCCGCUUCGAGUGGCAUCCCUUCACCAUCAGUAGCGCCCCGGAGGAGGGCCACGUCAGCUGCCAUAUCCGCCUUGCCGGCGACUGGACCACCGCUUUCGCCCGGCGCCUCGGCUGCACAUUCGACGGUGCUCCCGGCAACAAUGGCCUCACCCUGCCGCAGGUGUACAUCGACGGGCCCUUCGGUGCGGCCUCCGAGGAUGUCUUCAAGUAUGAUGUGGCUGUCCUGAUUGGCGCCGGCAUCGGUGUCACUCCCUUCAGCUCGGUGCUCAAGUCCAUCUGGUACCGGGUGGUCUCGCCCAACACCAAGGUCAAGCUGAAGAAGUGCUACUUCUUCUGGAUCUGCCGGGACACCGGGGCCUUCGAGUGGUUCCACGACCUGCUGCGCGCCCUGGAGGCCGAGGACAUUGGCAACUUCUUGGAGAUCCACAUCUACCUGACCGGCGGCCUGAAGCUGGACCAGGUGAAGAACAUCAUGGUCAACGACCGGGCUGGCCUGGAGGAUGGCCUGACCGGGCUCAAGAGUCCCACCCGCUACGGGCGUCCCGACUGGGACACCAUCUUCGGCAACAUGGGGGUCCAGCACCCGGAUACGGAGAUCGGUGUCUUCUUCUGCGGUCCCAAGCCCCUGAGCAGUGCCCUGCACAUUGCCUGCAACAAUGCCACCAGCAGCAAGAAGGGUGGUGCCAAGUUCUACUACCAGAAGGAGAACUUCUGAUGGACCCUCGACCCCGGGCGCCGGCACACGCAUCCACACACCCGCGCAUAUGCAUGCCGGGCAUCGGCGCGGGUGGGUGCCCACACAGACACACACGGACACACCCGCGCACCUGCGUGCGGCCAUUCGUCCGGUGGCAAUACAAAGAGAAACCUU